CCUAAGGUUAGGUAAGCUAGGUUAACCUAGUAGGUUACAAACUUCAGUCCAUACAAUAAUUCUACACACCUACAUGUAACUACAUGCUUCAUACAACAUUGAAGUAAUAGCACCCCAUGUAGGUACACCACAAACCAUCACCACCACCACAACAACUACAAAGCCAAUACACACCAACCACCCAACAUGUCCCACGCACGAAUAGAAGAAGUCUCCGACAGCGACCUGUCCGACCCCAGCGAGGGCGACAUCGACGACUUCGCCGAAACCGACAUCCUGCGCCAAAAGCCCGUCUCCCAACCCGCCCCCUUCCGCGCACCACCAACAGCAGCCGCCUCAUCCCCCCCAUCAAUGCAGCACCCCUCAGCCCAACAAAUCCAAGCCAACGACAUAAAAGACUACCAGAUGCUGUACCCGCUGUACUUCGACCAGACCCGCUCGCGCGCCCAAGGCCGCCGCGUCCCCAGAUCCCUCGCCGUCCCCAACCCCCUCGCGCGCGAGAUCGCCGCCGCCUGCGCCGUGCUGCGCCUGUCGCCCGUCUUCGAGGCCCACCGCGUGCACCCCAAGGACUGGGCGAACCCGGGCCGCGUGCGCGUCAAGCUCUCCAAGGCCGCCGACGUGAAGAACAAGCACCACCUGUACAUCCUCGUCGCGCAGCACCUCCAGGCGCACCCGACGACCGACCACAGCGACGCCCUGCGGCGCGUGCGCGUCCCGGGGCUUAACACGCCCGGCGACGACGAGGCGUGGCCCCGUCCCGCGGUGCCGCGCGGCUGGAAGAUGGGAGAGCUGUUGCCCGCGUAUAGUGCGGCGAUGACGGGGGGCGGGGUGAGUGAGAAUGCGUUUAAGGAUAUGAUGCGGGAGAUGCAGGGGGGUGCCGGUGGUGUUGGUGGGCCGGGGGGUGCGGGGGAUAUGAUGAGUAUGCUUAGCCAAGGGUUAGGUGGUGGUAUGGGAGGUGGGCCGGGUGAGAGUAGUGGUGGAGGGGGGGGAGGAGGUAGUGGUGGUGGGAAGAAGGCGAAGAAGGGGAAGGGGAAGGCGUGAUGUGGGGAGAGAAAUAAUUAAAGCCUGUUCCCUAGUAUCUACUCUUGCCUAGAGUAGGUGAGCUUAGAAUGGGCUCUGUUGGAGAGAUGGUAGAAAAUUAGGUACCUACCAAUCUAUCCCCCGUCUAGACCAUAUCAUUAAGAUAGAGAAAAAUGGGGAUCAUAGUAAGAUACAUGAGUUCUCGCCUAUUAAAUAUCAUACCAUGGCGUAUUCUACAUCUUGCAGCAUCCAUCCCUAUAGCACACACCACACAGACACAAAUCCCCAAGGUAUCAGAAUAAUGAUAAUGAUACAAAUGUUAAU